CACGUAUACACGACCCACACAUGUUGAAUCAUUUCAGCUGUAUUGAGGGUGUUAUAUUUGAAUAAUCGCACGUUCUUGCCGAUAAUUGCGAUCAAUACAACCAGAGCCGUAGUUGAAGGGAAACAACAUCCACAAGCGAUCGAUCGAAGUAGCAAUAGGCCUACCAUAAUUUGACCAGUGGACAUUGUGACGUCAUGGCUGUUGAGGUUGUUCAGAAGGAUACGGGAUACCUAUUGGAAGGACCUCAUUGGGACGACGUCACCAAUACCCUUCUGUAUGUUGAUAUUUUUAACAAGUUCGUUCAUUCUUACAACUCCGUGCCAAAGGAAGCUAAAAAGGUCGAGGUCCGUGAUGCCGUAGGGGCAACUGUGACCACAACCAGUGGAAGAACUAUGGCGUGUGUUGGACGAGAGGUGGGCUACAUCAACUGGGAUGCCGGAAAAUUCGAAACAUUUUGUGAAAUAGAUAUAAAAAAGGGAACCAGAUUCAAUGACUGCAAGUGCGAUCCAGCAGGAAGAUUCUGGUUAGGUAAUUUGAUAAACUUAUCUACAAUUUAUCAGUGUAACAUUUUUCUACUCAUCCACGGUGUCGAUGCUUUUGAUUAUAACAUCGAAACUGGUGAAAUUGCAAACAGACGACAGGCAAUCAGCGUUCCAAAGUCAGACGGUGUACCGGAUGGUAUGUGUAUUGAUGAUGAGGGUAUGCUAUGGGUCGCCUUGUUUGAUGGAUGGGCUGUUAACAGAUAUAACCCCAAAACAGGCGAAAAACUUCGGUCCAUCAAAUUUCCAACCAAGAACAUCACAAGCUGUUGCUGGGGCGGGGCCAAUCGCAAUGAACCUUACGUGACGUGUGCAAAACACUUUCUCAAACCGGAUGAACUCAAGGAACAAGAUACUGCUGGUUCCAUCUUCCGGGUUACUGACCUAGGGGUCAAAGGGGUCAAGUGUGACGUAUUCAAAGACAAUUAGUGGUGAUGUUUUAUUCCAAAAAAGUGGGAACCAAUUAUUUUUCUAUUUCUCGUCUUGUAAACAUAUCAUUGAUUUAACUUUGAGUCUUGCCCGUUAUUCUAAUAUAAUGCCAUUUUUGUAAAGAUACAUGCACCAUUCUAUGCGGAAGAAAUAUCGGAGCGUUGCUAAUUCGUGACGCUUGAUAUAAUAAAUUUGAAUUGUUUGGUGAAAAAGACACCAUAAUUCUUGAUUGGAACGUAAAAUAAUGUCUCGCUUAAAUAUUUUGUAUUCAGUUUAAACAACAUGUGCCACUUUUUUAUCAUUGAUGUCAAUUAUCAUAGUUACCAUUACUUGCCAUAGCAAUGUUCAAUAAGAAAUCAUUACUCGGUGAUUAUGAUUUAUAUUACACGAGUUGUCGACAUUACAAUGACAAUGUUCAUGAACAGCGUAACGUGUGCUGCUCCUUUUACAAAAAAAUUCAUUUCGUCUAUUUUUUUUUCGAAUUUUUUCAGCUGGAAUCUAUGACAAUCUUGUUUGCCCUGCAUUUAAUAAUAAUAAUAAUAAUAUACAAUUCUUGUAUAGCGCAUAUCACAUGAAUGAUGUCUCUAUGCGCUUCCAAAGGACUUGGAUAUGAUUACCCCAGCUGUAGCUUGGCAGUCGUAAUUACUAAGAUUACAGCGCACACGCAUUUCAAGGAAUAAAUUCGUGCCAGGUACCCAUUCACCUCAACUGGGUUGAGUGCAGCACAAUGUGGAUAAAUUUCUUGCCCAAGGAAAUUACGCCAUGGCUGGGAUUCGAACACACGACCCUCUGUUUCAAAGUCCGGAGACUAAUCCACUGGGCCACAACGCUCCAUCUUCUUCCAGCCGGCAGGGGCGUCCCAUAAUGUUUGAAAGACAGACCAAAGAUGCCUUAAGUGACGUCAUAUUUUUUUCUAAUUAUAGCGGUAUCAUAGAGUCACACAUCCUAGAACUCUUAUACAUUUUGAAUUCUUUCUUCCCUUUUUGCCCUCUUCCCCCCUCCUUUCAUGUUUUUUUUUUCACUACGUGAAAUAUCAUCGUGAUUAUAGGGGGAGGUGGUCGCCCACGGCACCCCUCCCCCUGGUAUCGCCUACAUGUCUUU